ACAUUUACGGCUAACAGCUCUUUCACUGUUCUGGCAGCUGCAAGAAGCGCUUUCAUCGCAAUUGCAUCAACGUACGCCCGGAAGACUAGAACGUUUUCGCGAAAAUGGGAGUGAGCACAUUUAAGUCCCUGUCCUACGUUCGGCGGUGAUCUAAGCAAGGUAAAAAAAUAUGGCGGUGCUGCAGGCCCAGGAAUCCCAACAUUCCAGCAUUUCAGCGAGAUAGCGCCGAACGGUGACGCGCUUUCGUCAGAAGUUGUGCGCGCGUCUCCAGGUGUUCUAAACAAAGUGGACUCGCUCACGACAUAAGUGAAACGUUUGAAAACAGAAAAAAAACAUAUUCUUGCGCUCACAACUGCCGCGACUACACAAGAAGAGCGUGGCAGGCACUUCGUCCUUAUCGAAUGUGACACGCCCACUUUUCUCGUCUACUGCUGCGGCGACGAACGACGACGUGCCACCUACUAUACGACGAACGCGGCAGCCCAGCAACGCCUGAAUACCUCAGUUUCCAGCGCUUCCCUAUGCUUUGGUUGGUGGCAAAUUCCAGCCGAGUGCGCGAAAGUGGACUGCACCAGUACAUCUAACAACAUGGACUGGGAUGCUGCCGGCGUUGCGGCGACGUCGUUGGAAAGCCUCAGAGAUGUGUUCAUCUGUAGAUGCCUCUGAAGGGACUUCCACGGAACGCAAGCCUUGCGAGGGAAUGACCUCCCGUUCGCCAUUCUCCUAUCCGAUGCGGCUGUGUCUCAUUAGCCGAUCGCUGACCACAGGCCAUCCACGGGCAGCUCAGCGCGUUGUUUUGCCAAGGCUCGGUCAUCUGGCAGUCUUUCACAGUGAAUACCAGGAGACGCUGGGCAGCGGCGACAACCCGUGCGAAAACCUGUACGAGCACGUGUGCUCGGGAUGGCUGUUGUGGCUAUCGGUGACGCUGCUCAAAUGGCGCCUGGCAGAGCGCAGGAUCUCGAUGGCUCCCAACAAGGCAAGGGCUUACGGCGCCACCAAGUGGACAGUUCUGUGACGGCACCACCAUGUUUACUCUGGCGCCAGCCAAGCUGCGCCGAGUACGGCCUCGACUGCAAAGGUGUCUCUGCAGCUCGUGCUUUGCGGCGUGCGCGGAGCAGCGCAGGAUCUGCGCUGCGGCCGCAUUUCAUCCGCUGUUUCUGGCUGAACGCGCUACUUGGCCACGUCGACACGCUGGCUUAUCACGCUCAAAUCGCCGGCGUGCAUGUCCCGUGCAUAACUGCUGGAUGAACAAAUUUGUUUAUCGACUUUAAUGCAGGUGUUCGCGUAAAUUAAA